AAUUACUGGGACAUGCGCGUUCUGGCCGGAGGGGGGUAAAUUUCCCAACUCCAGGAAUUUGUGGCGGAGAGGGCAAAUAACCGCGGCUCUCCCGGCGCCCCGAUGCUCGCACCAUGUCGAGGCGCAAGCAGGCGAAACCCCAGCACAUCAACUCGGAGGAGGACCAGGGCGAGCAGCCGCGGCAGCAGCCGACUCCAGAGUUCGCAGAUGCGGCCCCAGCGGCGCCGGCGGCGGGGGAGCCGGGUGCUUCAAUGAACCACACGGGCAGUGGCGAUGAAGCAGGUGGGGACAAAGCCACUGCGAAGCGGCUCCGCCAGGAGGACACUCAUAUCUGUGAGAAAUGCUGUGCCGAGUUCUUCAGCCUCUCGGAGUUCUUGGAACAUAAGAAAAAUUGCACUAAGAUUUCACCUGUCCUCAUCAUGAACGACAGCGAGGGACCAGUGCCUUCAGAGGACUUCUCCAGAGCCGUGCUGAACCACCCGCCGCUCAGCCCAAGCAGUAAGGAUGGUCACCAGGGGAGCAGCGGCAGCGCCAAGGAGAAGCCGGGCGCCGAGCCCGUCAUGUACUUGAAGGCAGAGGCCACCCUGCCGCCCUCGCCCCAGGACAUAAGCUAUUUACCCAAAGGCAAAGUGGCCAACACUAACGUGACUCUGCAGGCACUCCGGGGCACCAAGGUGGCGGUGAACCAGCGCAGCGCCGAUGCGCCGGCCGCCCCGGUGCCCAGCGCCCACGGCAUCCCGUGGGUCCUGGAGCAGAUCCUGUGCCUGCAGCAGCAGCAGCUCCAGCAGCUGCAGCUCACCGAGCAGAUCCGCGUGCAGGUGAACAUGUGGGCGGCGCACGCCCUGCACUCGGGCGGGACCGACGCCCUGAAGACCCUGGGCAGCCACGUGUCCCAGCAGGUGUCCGCCACCGUGGCGCUGCUCAGCCAGAAGGCCGGAAGCCAAGGCCUGUCUCUGGAUGCCUUGAAACAAGCCAAGCUACCUCAUGCCAACAUCCCUUCCACCGCUGGCUCGCUGUCCCCAGGGCUGACCCCCUUUGCCCUGAAGCCAGACGGGUCGCGGGUGCUCCCGAAUGUCGUGUCUCGGCUCCCGAGCGCUUUGCUACCUCAGGCCCCAGGUUCUGUGCUCUUCCAGAGCCCUUUCUCCGCCAUGGCGCUAGACCCAUCCAAGAAAGGGAAAGGGAAGCCACCGAACAUCUCCGCUGUGGAUGUCAAACCCAAAGACGAGGCGGCCCUCUUCAAGCACAAGUGUAAGUACUGUAGCAAGGUUUUUGGGACUGAUAGCUCCUUGCAGAUCCACCUCCGCUCCCAUACUGGAGAGAGACCCUUCGUGUGCUCUGUCUGUGGUCACCGCUUCACCACCAAGGGCAACCUCAAGGUACACUUUCACCGACACCCCCAGGUGAAGGCGAACCCCCAGCUGUUUGCCGAGUUCCAGGACAAAAUGGCAGCAGGCAAUGGCAUCCCCUAUGCACUCUCUGUCCCCGUCCCUGUAGAUGAAUCGAGUCUCUCUUUAGACAGCAAACCUGUCCUUGUAACAGGGACCCCUUGCUUAGGGCUACCUCAAAAUCUCUCUCCGGGGACUAACCCCAAGGACCUCCGGGGUGGCCUGCUGCCCGGCGACCUGCAGCCUGGGCCUUCUCUGGAAAGUGAGGGUGGACCCCCACUAUCUGGGGUGGGACCCAACCAUAAUUCCCCAAGGGUUGGUGGCUUCCAGGGGAGUGGGACCUCCGAGCCAGGGUCAGAGACCCUGAAGUUACAGCAGCUGGUGGAAAACAUUGACAAGGCCACCACGGACCCCAACGAAUGUCUCAUCUGCCACCGAGUCCUAAGCUGCCAGAGCUCUCUCAAGAUGCAUUACCGCACCCACACCGGGGAGAGGCCUUUCCAGUGCAAGGUCUGUGGCCGAGCUUUUUCUACCAAAGGCAACUUGAAGACGCAUCUUGGGGUUCACCGAGCCAACACAUCUGUAAAGACCCAGCAUUCGUGCCCCAUCUGCCAGAAGAAGUUUACCAACGCGGUCAUGUUGCAGCAGCACAUCCGGAUGCACAUGGGUGGCCAGAUUCCCAACACGCCUCUGCCAGACAGCCCCUGUGACUUUACGGGUUCCGAGCCCAUGAUGGUCGGGGAGAGUGGCAGCACAGGUGCCUCCUGCCCCGAGGAGGUGGAGAGCAUUGAUGUAGAUGAAGUAACGUCCCAGGAUGCCCCCGCUGGCUCCUCAAAGGUCCCUGCACCUCUUCCCAGCACCCACGUGGCAUCACCCACCCUGGGGUUCCCUGCGAUGGCUUCCCUAGAUGCCCCAGUGAAGGUGGGUCCUGCCCCUGGGGGCCUGCAGCGCCAGAGCAGCCGAGAAAAUGGCUCAGUGGAGAGCGACGGCCUGACCAACGACUCGUCCUCGCUCGUGGGCGACCAGGAGUAUCAGAGCCGAAGCCCAGAUGCCAUGGAAACCAUGUCCUUCCAGGCCGUGUCCCCGGCCAAUAGCCAAGCAGAAAGCAUCAAGUCCAGGUCUCCCGAUGCUGGGGGCAAAGCUGAGACCUCCGAGAACAGCCGCCCCGAGAUGGAAGGUCGUAGCAGUCUCCCAUCAACGUUUAUUCGAGCACAACCCACCUAUGUCAAAGUUGAAGUUCCCGGCACAUUUGUAGGACCCUCCACCAUGUCCCCAGGCAUGACACCUUUGUUAGCGGCCCAGCCACGCCGACAGGCCAAGCAACAUGGCUGCACACGGUGUGGGAAGAACUUCUCAUCCGCCAGUGCCCUUCAGAUUCACGAACGCACACACACUGGAGAGAAGCCUUUCGUGUGCAACAUAUGUGGGCGAGCGUUCACCACCAAAGGCAACCUGAAGGUCCACUACAUGACACAUGGGGCAAACAAUAACUCAGCUCGCCGCGGGAGGAAGCUGGCCAUCGAGAACACCAUGGCCCUGUUGGGUACGGAUGGAAAGAGAGUCUCCGAAAUAUUUCCUAAAGAGAUCCUGGCACCCUCGGUACGUGUGGACCCUGUCCCUGUCGUGUGGAACCAGUACACCAGUGUGCUCAAUGGUGGCCUGGCCGUGAAGAACAACGAGAUCUCCGUGAUCCAGAGUGGCGGCAUUCCCACCCUACCGGUUUCCCUGGGGGCCAGCUCUGUGGCCAGCAGUGCCACGGUCUCCAAGAUGGACUCCCAGUCUGGGGGCAGUGCCGAGGUGGAGAAGCCGGGUGUUGCCGACAGCGUUGCCAAACACCAGUUCCCUCACUUCCUGGAGGAAAACAAGAUCGCAGUCAGCUGAGCCCAGGAGAACCUGCCAGCCAGGAGAAGUGCAGAUCUGGUGUAAUGGAUGGACUGGUUUUUGGUUUUCUUCAAGAACCCAUCUCCUCUUUUCUUUAUUCUUACUGAUAUGCAAAUGAUGUUUACGGUUGUGACCUCAACCUUGGGCAGUCCUACAAUCACGAUUGUUGCUAUGCUGCUUUGCAAAAAAAGGAAAAAUUGAAAAGCAAAAAUAGGCAUACCAAAACAGA